AUGCGGGUCAUGCAGGAGAGUCUGUGGGUCCUACCUCUGGCACUACUGGGGCUGUUAAAGCCAUGGGCUGCAGGCGACUCACUCAGUCAGGUAAUUCCUGCUGUAAAUGGAUACAUAUAUUAUAUAGCCUAGUGAUAUUACGAUUGACAAAAUAUAAUUUACUUUGAAAAUAUGGGUUGGGAAAAAUUAAUUGCGACAUAGUUUUACAGGUGGCACAUUUGCUUUAUCGUUUUGUGCAGUAAAUUAUGAUUCUGUUUAUUUCACAAUCCAGUGCUUGUUGUUCAAAUUUGAUUAUUUCUAUCUGGGGACAAAACGAAAUAUUUACCUAACCUUGGAGCGUCACGCGAUCCCAUUACGCAAAACGCUCCUGUUAUUUUACUACCAGCAUUUGUAACUUGAGUAUAUAAAUAAUGAUCAUACUUGUGUAAUAUAAAAAUACUUGCUUGAUAUAUAUUUUCCAGUUUCUUUGCAAAUGCAACUAAUUUCUAUGUGAAAACUGAAAUGGUCUAUUUAUUCCUUUUUAGUAAAUGCUCUAAUCCAGAGCAAUUUAAAGCAAUGAGUGCAUACAUUUUUCGAAUUUGUCCCCCAUGGGAAUCGAACCUAAAACCCUAGCAUUGCAAGCACCAUGCUCUACCAACUGAGCCACAUCAUCACAUCACAAACCACUUGACGUGUCAAUGUACUCAAUUACUGUAUUGUGCAUUGUUUUCCUUCAUGGUGAUGGAAAGUAUACAGGUACAAACCUAGAAUGACCAGCCUAUGUACAAUGCAGUAAUGUACAUGUACGUUAAGUGGUUUGUAAGUAUGGUAAAUGAAUACUGCACAAAAAAAAUGGUUGUUUUCCAUGUUAUUUGAUCAAGAAAAAUAUUUAAUUUGAUGUGGAUGUUUUGUGUCUUUGCCCAUAACUUUGCACCUUUUGAUGUAAAUGUUUGAGGACAGGGUUUUGUUCUUUCUGGAUUCCAUUAGAAUGACAGUUGCAGGGAAAGCGACAGGGCAACAACUCUUACAGAAAGCGACAGGGUAACAACUCUUACAGAAAGCGACAGGGCAACAACUCUUACAGAAAGCGACAGGGUAACAACUCUUACAGAAAGCGACAGGGUAACAACUCUUACAGAAAGCGACAGGGCAACAACUCUUACAGAAAGCGACAGGGUAACAACUCUUACAGAAAGCGACAGGGCAACAACUCUUACAGAAAGCGACAGGGCAACAACUCUUACAGAAAGCGACAGGGUAACAACUCUUACAGAAAGCGACAGGGUAACAACUCUUACAGAAAGCGACAGGGUAACAACUCUUACAGAAAGCGACAGGGAAACAACUCUUACAGAAAGCGACAGGGUAACAACUCUUACAGAAAGCGACAGGGUAACAACUCUUACAGAAAGGGACAGGACAACAACUCUUACAGAAAGCGACAGGGUAACAACUCUUACAGAAAGCGACAGGGAAACAACUCUUACAGAAAGCGACAGGGUAACAACUCUUACAGAAAGCGACAGGGUAACAACUCUUACAGAAAGGGACAGGACAACAACUCUUACAGAAAGCGACAGGGUAACAACUCUUACAGAAAGCGACAGGGUAACAACUCUUACAGAAAGGGACAGGACAACAACUCUUACAGAAAGCGACAGGGUAACAACUCUUACAGAAAGCGACAGGGAAACAACUCUUACAGAAAGCGACAGGGUAACAACUCUUACAGAAAGCGACAGGGUAACAACUCUUACAGAAAGGGACAGGACAACAACUCUUACAGAAAGCGACAGGGUAACAACUCUUACAGAAAGCGACAGGGUAACAACUCUUACAGAAAGCGACAGGGUAACAACUCUUACAGAAAGGGACAGGGUAACAACUCUUACAGAAAGCGACAGGGUAACAACUCUUACAGAAAGCGACAGGGUAACAACUCUUACAGAAAGGGACAGGGUAACAACUCUUACAGAAAGCGACAGGGCAACAACUCUUACAAUUCCAACUAUUUAAUCCCGCAAGGUACUGUCUUAAUUAUACAACGACCUUUUUUUUUUUUGUCAAAGCAGAGAAUAAAAAAAAUGAUAGAUAAAAUUAGAGCUGACCCCAUUUUGUUGACUGGUUGAUUGUAAUAAUAAUAUGCUAUUUAGCAGACGCUUUUAUCCAAAGCGAUUUACAGUCGUGUGUGCAUACAUUUUUGUGUAUGGGUGGUCCCGGGGAUCGAACCCACUACCUUGGCGUUACAAGCGCCGUGCUCUACCAGCUGAGCUACAGAGGACCACAACCACAAAUAGGCUGUUGGUGGACUGAGACUUUUUUUAGUCAAGCAGUUUUCAUGGCACACGAGACGCCUACCUGUCUCAGUGGACUAAUCCAUGGCGGAGGCCACCGGGACGGAACAGUCCGUAAACCAUGCGUGCCGCGAGGGUAUUUGUUUUGGUAGCCAAGCAAUUUGAUAACAUUUAGAAAAUAAGUGAAAUUGCAUUGGUUUUCCAUAAAUUGCUACUGCUUUGGACCUGCCACCGUUUGUGAGAGUAUUACUUAGGCCUAUAGUAAGCCUAUGUGUAAGGAUAUUGUGUCUUGGGUAUACUUUUAAAUGUUGAGUCAAGAAGAAGGGGAGUGUGGCUAAGGCACGUCUCUCCAGAAUGCGCUCUCUCCCGCCAAUUCGUGCACAUUAAUUGUUUCAUAAUUUAAUUGUUAGUUUUUAAUGGUAAUUUCUGUUCAUUCAUUCAAUAUAUUAUUAUUACGGUUGUUUACCAUUCUCAUUGUCAGAGUGCCCCUCACCUGGUUGUCUAGGUCUUAGUAAGGAACUCCUUUCAAUUAGGUCUUAAUUGAAAGGAAAAAACUAAAACCAGCAGACACUGUGUGUGUGUGUGUGUGUGUGUGUGUGUGUGUGUGUGUGUGUGUGUGUGUUGAUCCUCAGGUGUGUGACCCAUCCAAAGAUGGCACCAUCUAUAACUACAAAGCUAAGACCCUGAAUGGGAGUCGUUCAGUCUCCCUCAGUGAGUACAUGGGGAAGACCGUCCUCUUCGUCAACGUAGCCACUUACUGAGGACUCACCUUCCAGUACCUGGGUAAGACUGUCUGGCUUAAGACUAACAGUAUAACAGUAGGCUAACAGUUGAAUUAGCUAACAGUAGGCUAACAGUUGAGCCAGCUAACAGUAGAGUUUACCUUGGUAUUUUGAAAUACCAACGUUAUGAUUUUUUUUAUAUAUAUAUAUUUUUCAUACUUUUACCCCUUUUUUCUCCCCCAUUUCGUGAUAUUCAAUCGGUAGUUACAGUCUUGUCACAUCACUGCAACUCCCCUAGGGACUCGGGAUAGGCGAAGGUCGAGAGCCAUGUGCUCCGAAACACGACCCUACCAAGCCGCACUGCUUCUUGAAACACUGCUCGCUUAACCUGGAAGCACUAAUGUGUCGGAGGAAACACCAUCCAACUGAUGACCGAAGUCAGCUUGCAGGCGCUCGGCCCGCCACAAUGAGUCGCUAGAGCACGAUGGGAGAAGGAAAUCCCGGCCGGCCAAACCCUCCCCUAACCCGGACGACGCUGAGCCAAUUGUGCGCCGCCUCAUGGGUCUUCCGGUCACGGCCGGCUGUGACACAGCCUGGGAUCGAACCUGGGGCUGUAGUGAUGUCUCAAGCACUGCCUUAGACUGCUGCGCCACUCGGGAGGCCUGCACUGUAUGAUUUUCAAUACCGCCUCACAGGGGCGUACCCCACCUCGCCGGGACUGCGUGCUACGCCAAUGCUUAUAAAUAUAAGAAAUCUAAGAUGUGUCAAAUAAAUUAUUUCCAGCUAUGCAUUUGGUUAACUUGCUAGCUAAGUGGCUAGCUGUCAAGAUCAAGCUUCUUGGUUACAGCAGAGAUGUUCAAUCCCCUCCUGGAUCAAUAUCCUUGUUGCCUAAAUUGUUGUUUUUUAUAGCGCCCCCUUGUGUGCACAUUCGGUAUACCCUGGUAUGGUACAGAAACGGUAUGGCGGUAUGAAAAUCUGGAUACCACCCACACUUAGUUUAUCCCCACAACCUGAUUCACUGUAAAUACCUCUUACAAUGAGCAGGUCCAUACAUAGAUUAACAGGCUUGACUGACUGAGGUCUAAAUUCAAUCAGAUCAAGCGUUAACCAGCGAUAGCAGACACCCCCAUAGCAGAUGUUAUGGCAGUGUCGGAGGUGGAACUGCAUUGGAGCCGUCAAAUCGGUGAGCAGCUGCUCUCUGCGAUCAUUUUAAGGAGUCCACACCCACCCCACUUGCAUUAGAAGUUCAGAAUGAGAAAGUGUAGGCUGUAUGGAAACAAUGACGCUGAAAUAGAAAAAUCAUUCAACAAAACAAUGACGAUUUCUAUCAUCCUAAAGGAGGUGUAGAUCACAUCUCACAUUCCAGUGUUGAACAUGUAAACAAGGCCGCAUGAGAUUUCUGUUCAUGUGACUCCGUGCAGCCAAUGGCAAAGUCCGCUUUAGGUGUAAUGCCGGGAGCCACUUGUGGAUUUGACAGCGCUAACGCAGUUCCACCUCCGACACGCCAAAACAACCGCAAUGCAGAUGUCGGCUAAAGUGGAUCUGAUUGAAUGGAGCCCUUAAAGCAGUCUGCAACAAAGAGAAAGAGGCUAGUCCAUAUGUGACCAGAUCAGGAAAAACAUUAGGAUACACCCUACUCACUGUGCAUCGUUUUGAAAUCUUAUUUUGACCUCAAGUUACCCCAAGGGUUUAUGGGAUUGAUCUAGUUGUUGUGUUAUCUUCUAUUAUGAAACCUUUAAUCCAGCAGUGUGUGUGUGUGUGUGUGUGUGUGUGUGUGUGUGUGUGUGUGUGUGUGUGUGUGUGUGUGUGUGUGUGUGUGUGUGUGUGUGUGUGUGUGUGUGUGUGUGUGAUCUAACCAGAGUUGAAUGCACUACACGAGGAGAUGAAGGAUUAUGGGUUCACCAUUCUCGGGUUCCCCUCCAAUCAGUUUGGAAAACAGGAGCCAGGAGAGAAUCAUGAGAUUCUGGCCACUCUAAAGUAAGUAUUGUUUUGUCUCCGAGACCCGUUAGCAUGAAAAACUUAAGUCAUUCAACUGACGGAUUCUGAUGGGGAUUGUAUUAUUACGCUAAUUAAAAUAUCAGCUGUGGCGCGGACAUCGACCUUAGGGGGUUAAAAUACACAUACAAAAUGGUGUAAUGUAUACGAUGUACUUGACCAAUGUUUUUAUUACGUAGGGGAAAUAAACCUGAAACUAAUGCAAGGGUCCUGCAUGCCUGAAUGCAGGCAACAAGACAGCAAUAAAGGCUAAUCCUCUGUCAAUCAACAGAGCUUCAUUUAGUUUGGGAAAAACAUCCCAGGAGCGAUAUACAAAUCCCUAAGGUAUAACCCUCUCUGAGGCGUAUAUAACAUUCCUAUGUUAUCUGGUCCCCCUAGCCCACCCUCACCCAGACUCUAUUCCUGGCCAGCUUAAACCCCAAGUACACCGGACUAGAAACCCUGGUUUCACCAGCGUCUGCCUUCAGUACAUUUGGGUUGUUAACCUCUGGUAAAAGCAGAGUUUGUACGUAUAAGAGGCUUAACAGUGUUGUGGUUCGUGUUCGUGUCAUAUAGUCUAUCUAUCUAGGGCAAUAGCUUAGUGAGUGAGUGAGUGAGGCACCCAUUAUAAAGGUCCGUUAAGUGCUCAAAAGCAUGUCUAGGCCAUGAUUGUGUCCCAAAUGGCACCCUAUUCCCUAAAUAGUGCACUAUUUUUGACCAGAGCCUUAUGGGGCCUGGUCAAAAGUAACACACUAUAUAGGGAAUAGGGUGCCAUUUGGGAAGCACGCCAGUGAUAAGCGUAUCUCUCUCCCCUUGGGUUCCAGGCAUGUCCGACCAGGAAAUGGUUUCGUUCCAAACUUCCUGCUAUUCCAGAGAGGGGAUGUGAACGGAGACACAGAACAAGGAGUCUACACCUUCCUCAAAGUAAGCAAGUGAUUAGGGUUGCAAAAAUCUGGACACACACCCCAAAUUUCCACGUUUUACAGAAAUCCUGGUUAGUAGAUUUCUGGAAUCACGAGGGAAUAAGCAAGAAAUCCAAAAAUCUCCAACCAGGACUUCUGGAAAACUGGAACAUUUUGGGAAAGUUACCAGAAAUCUGCCAUCCUACAAGUGAUUAUUGUUGUCAUCCGAGUGUACAGCGGGUCAAUAACACUUUGUGGGCGACUUACGUCCCACUAUAAUCCUGACUGAAUUCAAAAUCACCGUUUAACACAUUUGCAACGGGGAUACACAGAGUGGGAAUUAUACCGUGACAUUCAGGGGGAACUAUUGGGUACACAGCUUUUUAAUAGGCCUAAAAGGCAUGUUAUUUAAUGGUAAAACUGUAUUACCUUUUAAUGUGGCAUGAACACAACCAGUCAUUAUGUUUUCAUCUGAUUGUUAAACAAAUCACUUCAGAAAGUAGGCUACCUGCAGCUGGGUGUGUUCGUCCACUCCAAAAUAAUUCCAGCAUCCAAACAGUGCACUGUGCAUGCGCCAUUAGAUGAAUGGAAAUAGACAUCUGUUAAACAGUGGAAUGACAUUCAGUGAUUGUCUUUAGACCUACUACAGUGGAUGCCAAGGGAAGCCAUGCUUUAUAUAUAUAUAUAUAUAUAUAUAUAUAUAUAUAUGUAUUUGUAGCCCAUGUAUCUGAUGCUGUCUGGCCAAAGAGAGUAUGACAUGGGAUCCUUGCUGUACCUCCAGUAAAAUCCUUAUGAGGACAACACAACCUGCCCAACCCUAGUUCUAACCCCGUAUUCUAGAACUGUUCUAACCCUGUCUUCUAGAACUGUUCUAACCAUGUCUUCUAGAACUGUUCUAACCCCGUCUUCUAGAACUGUUCUAACCCCGUCUUCUAGAACUGUUCUAACCCUGUCUUCUAGAACUGUUCUAACCCUAUAACCCUGUCUUCUAGAACUGUUCUAACCCUAUAACCCUGUCUUCUAGAACUGUUCUAGAACACCCUAUAACCCUGCCUUCUAGAACUGUUCUAACCCUAUACCCUGUCUUCUAGAACUGUUUCUAAAGACCCUAUAACCCCUGUCUUCUAGAACUGUUCUAACCCUAUAACCCUGCCCUUCUAGAACUGUUCUAACCCUAUAACCCUGUCUUCUAGAACUGUUCUAACCCCUAUGAAAACCCUGCCCUUCUAGAACUGUUCUAACCCUAUAACCCUGCCUUCUAGAACUGUUCUAACCAUGUCUUCUAGAACUGUUCUAACCCUAUAACCCUGUCUUCUAGAACUGUUCUAACCAUGUCUUCUAGAACUGUUCUAACCCUAUAACCCUGUCUUCUAGAACUGUUCUAACCCUGUCUUCUAGAACUGUUCUAACCCUAUAACCCUGUCUUCUAGAACUGUUCUAACCAUGUCUUCUAGAACUGUUCUAACCCUAUAACCCUGUCUUCUAGAACUGUUCUAACCCUGUCUUCUAGAACUGUUCUAACCCUAUAACCCUGUCUUCUAGAACUGUUCUAACCCUAUAACCCUGCCUUCUAGAACUGUUCUAACCCUAUAACCCUGUCUUCUAGAACUGUUCUAACCCUAUAACCCUGCCUUCUAGAACUGUUCUAACCCUAUAACCCUGUCUUCUAGAACUGUUCUAACCAUGUCUUCUAGAACUGUUCUAACCCUAUAACCCUGUCUUCUAGAACUGUUCUAACCCUAUAACCCUGUCUUCUAGAACUGUUCUAACCCUAUAACCCUGUCUUCUAGAACUGUUCUAACCAUGUCUUCUAGAACUGUUCUAACCCUGCCUUCUAGAACUGUUCUAACCCUAUAACCCUGUCUUCUAGAACUGUUCUAACCAUGUCUUCUAGAACUGUUCUAACCAUGUCUUCUAGAACUGUUCUAACCCUAUAACCCUGCCUUCUAGAACUGUUCUAACCCUAUAACCCUGUCUUCUAGAACUGUUCUAACCCUAUAACCUUGCCUUCUAGAACUGUUCUAACCCUAUAACCCUGCCUUCUAGAACUGUUCUAACCCUAUAUCCCUGUCUUCUAGAACUGUUCUAACCCUGUAUUCUAGAACUGUUCUAACCCUAUAACCCUGUCUUCUAGAACUGUUCUAACCCUAUAACCCUGCCUUCUAGAACUGUUCUAACCCUGCCUUCCAGAACUGUUCUAACCCUAUAACCCUGCCUUCUAGAACUGUUCUAACCCUGUCUUCUAGAACUGUUCUAACCCUGUCUUCUAGAACUGUUCUAACCCUAUAACCCUGUCUUCUAGAACUGUUCUAACCCUAUAACCCUGCCUUCCAGAACUGUUCUAACCCUAUAACCCUGCCUUCUAGAACUGUUCUAACCCUGUCUUCUAGAACUGUUCUAACCCUGUCUUCUAGAACUGUUCUAACCCUAUAACCCUGUCUUCUAGAACUGUUCUAACCCUAUAACCCUGCCUUCCAGAACUGUUCUAACCCUAUAACCCUGCCUUCCAGAACUGUUCUAACCCUAUAACCCUGCCUUCUAGAACUGUUCUAACCCUGCCUUCCAGAACUGUUCUAACCCUAUAACCCUGCCUUCCAGAACUGUUCUAACCCUAUAACCCUGCCUUCUAGAACUGUUCUAACCAUAUAACCCUGCCUUCUAGAACUGUUCUAACCCUAUAACCCUGUCUUCUAGAACUGUUCUAACCAUAUAACCCUGCCUUCUAGAACUGUUCUAACCCUAUAACCCUGCCUUCUAGAACUGUUCUAACCAUAUAACCCUGCCUUCUAGAACUGUUCUAACCCUGCCUUCCAGAACUGUUCUAACCCUAUAACCCUGCCUUCUAGAACUGUUCUAACCCUGUAUUCUAGAACUGUUCUAACCCUAUAAUCCUGCCUUCUAGAACUGUUCUAACCCUAUAAUCCUGCCUUCUAGAACUGUUCUAACCCUGCCUUCUAGAACUGUUCUAACCCUAUAAUCCUGCCUUCUAGAACUGUUCUAACCCUGCCUUCCAGAACUGUUCUAACCCUAUAAUCCUGGAUUCCAGAACUGUUCUAACCCUAUAAUCCUGCCUUCUAGAACUCCUGCCCACCAGUAGGGGACAGCUUUGGGAACCCCACCAACAGGCUGUUCUGGGAGCCCCUGAAGAUGAACGACAUCAAGUGGAACUUUGAGAAGUUCCUGGUCGGACCAGACGGAAAGCCUGUGAUGAGGUGGUUCCCCCGGGUCACAGUGUCCGAG